CCAACGCCGGGCUGAGAAGCCGCUGCCGCCUUCAGUCGCGCGCGCAGCCAGAUUCGUCGUCAGUCGCGCGCAGAGGAGCAUCUGCUAGUCCAUCCAGCCGCUGCCGCUAGCCGUGCGCAGAAGCCGUUGUCAGAAUCGCCGUCGUCGUGCCAGGAGAAGUGUUCUUGUUCUUAUUUUUCUGACGAAAAUACCAAGAUCUGAAAUUAGUUGGAUCGGGUAUCUUGUCUAGUCGUUUGAUAUGGCAGAAGAUGGGAAGUUCCGAAUUGAGAAGUUCGAUGUCGGUUUCUGGACUUUGAAGGAUGUCAAAGUUGUUCCAGCCUUGAAGAAAAGUUUGAUUUCUGUUAGGCAGUUGGACGAACAGGGACACGAGGUGAAGUUCAGAGAUGGGCAGUGGAAGGUCGUGAAGGGAAAUCUUGUCAUGGCCCGUGGAAGGAAGAGAGGUUCGUUGUAUAUGGUCGAGUUACCAUCUGAGGGAGUGACCGUCCCAGUUCAGAAGAAAAACGAAGUCCGGUUCACAGAGUCUCGUGGGCAGAAUAAGGUUGUCUGUGCAAGAGAGAAACCUAGAGCCACAUGUCAGACUCAGGAUGAACGAGCGAGGAAAGGUUCAAGGGGGCCAGUAAGAGGUAUUUGUGGCAGUGGGAGCUCAAGAGGCGCUUCAGCCAAGUUGCCUAGAAGACAGUGGGUCAGGAGAACCAGUAUUUCAGCUGUUGGAACAUCUCCAAAAAAUUUCUUGCUGAGUACGGAGAGUGUUUGUUCUCAGGAUGUUCCAGGAUCCGGUAGUGUGCGUCUGCAGUGGGAGCCGGUAGGGACCGAGGACGAGUCAGUGGCAGAUUUUGCCGUGACUGAUGUGUUGGAGCUUGGGAGAGCUUCAACAGGCCUUUCAGUUGUCUGAUGAGAGGGCCGCUGCAACAGGAGAGCUGAGGAAGAUUACUCGAUGUACAAGCAAUCGCGGCGGAUGGCAGUUGAUGACUAUCAAGCCUCCAAGUGGGAGAAUGUUGGGUUUGUGGAGGCUUGGGCUUAAUUUGUAGGCCCGGCCCGUUUGUUGUAACCCUAGUUGCGCUCUUCCUAUAUAUAUUGCAUACUUGUACUUGUAAUCGGCACCACAAGUGAAAUAAGAAAAUCCUCCCGUUGCAGCCGUGGAUUAGGGAAACCGAACCACGAUAAAUUCUUGUGUGUCGU